AUGAGCGAGCACGGCGCCAUCGCCAGCUCGGCCGGGCCUUCGGCGAGUCACUCAUGCGUGUCGGAGGCGCCCAUUGCUCAACUGCGUCGCGGUCAGGCGUUCACGGUCGAGUUGAACGAGUCGGCCGGCGCCGCGUGUUCGGCCACGCCGAGCGUGUCGACCGGCAGGUCGGACACGCAUCAACGCCGCCGAGUGUUACAGCCGACCUCGGACGUCGACCUGUCGCGGCUGGACGCGAAGCGACACCAACUGAACGACGUCAACUCGAGUCCGGCGCGUCGGGCCAGUCUUGCGUUGAGUCAGUGCGUGCCGACGCGGUUGCGUCAGAGUCUGGCCGAGCGAGAGCGCAGGACGCAGCUGAGGCUGGAGCAGUUGCGUCGUCAGAACGGUCGAAUGCACGCGAAGCCGGCCACGACGACGACGAUGACGACGACGACGACGCCGACUCGCAUGACUGCGCAACCCUCUUCUCGAGCCGACAAGGUAGGCCGAGUGCGCAGACGCUCGCAAGAGUUUACAUUGUCCAUUUCCUUCACAUCUUCUUCUUGUUCUUUAGCUCGAGCCAGUUCGCAGAAAUCUCCAAUCCACUCACCGGCUCCGAGUGGCCUC